CCCUCCAGUAGUGCUCCAGCUUUCAGACUCCUGAAGAGACACGCACCGGCUCCUGACAUCCGUUAACCACCCGAGCAUCUCUGGCAUCCAAACGCAGUCACUUAAACAGAACAGUAAUUUGACUCAUCGUUAAAGUGGUAUACAUUACCGCAACGCUGUUUUCCCGUCAAAUCGACUGAUAUUCUAAAACUUUAAAUGCUGUUGUUAUGGCUAACUGAAAGGUUCUUGAGACAAUUAUAAGUGCUAAACUGAAACAAUUUUCGCUACGAUCUCUCGGAGUCAUAAAAAAAUUGUCGGGGAUUGCGAGACUUCCAUGUCGGCGAUGUUGUUUUCCAUCUUAAUCGAUACCUGAGACCAGGGGUCAAGAGUUAAGAAUUUGUAUUUGGUGCGGAUCGCCUCACGUUUGAAGAGCAUUAAAACAGAUCAAACUUUUAUCACAUAUGACACGGAUUAUUAAAGAUGAGACGCUUAUUUUGACUAUCACAGUGGGAUAAAGUACAGCGCAUCAUCACCGCACCUUCAGGAUGUUCCGGCGAGGCUGUGGUCUGGAGUUUCUCCUGGUGCUGUGUGGUUUAGAGUUGACCCAGGCGUGUCCGCGUCACUGCAUCUGCUACGACUCUCCCAGCACGGUGAGUUGCCAGGCUCACAACUUCCUGGUGGUUCCAGAGGGAAUCCCGGCCCAGAGCGAGCGCGUCUUUCUGCAAAACAACAAGAUCCAGCGACUGCUGCAGGGCCAUUUCAGCCCAACCACCGUCAUGCUUUGGCUCUACUCCAACAAUAUAUCAUACAUCCAGCCCUCCACAUUCAUGGGCUUCACCCGCCUGGAGGAGCUCGAUCUGGGGGACAACAAACACCUCCACUCUUUGGCUUCGGACACUUUUCAGGGCCUGACCCGACUCCAUGCUCUGCACCUCUACCACUGUGGCCUAAUCACUCUGCCCGCUGGUUUAUUUGAAGGGCUGCACAACCUGCAGUACCUCUAUUUACAGAACAACCAGCUGGAGUUUCUUGAGGAUGACAUGUUCAUUGAUCUGCUGAAUCUCAGCCAUCUAUUUCUGCAUGGAAAUCGGCUGUGGAGCCUCCACCAGAACACUUUCCGUGGUCUAGGGGCCCUCGAUCGCUUGCUGUUGCAUCAAAACCGGCUCCAGUGGGUUCACAAACAGGCUUUCCACGACCUGCGGCGCCUGACGACGCUCUACCUGUUCAACAACUCCUUACCUGAGCUGCCAGCCGAGAGCUUGGUUCAGCUGCCGGCGCUGGAGUAUCUCCGUCUCAAUGACAACCCUUGGGAGUGCGACUGCAAAGCCGUGCCGCUCUGGGAUUGGCUGCGGCGCUUCCGUGGCUCCACCUCCUCAUUAAUAUGCUUGGCUCCACCGGAGCUGGCGGGAAAGGAUCUGAAACGGCUGACAAAAGAAGAGCUACCUUCCUGUACGGGCUCGGAGUCGCUCCACCAGAGCAAAUCCAGCAGCCAGGGGGACGUGGGGGUGUCGCUGAAGAAAGAUCAUCAUCACCGAUCACAUAAUCGUCAUCAUCAACCUCACCUGCCACAUCAGGAUCAAUACUACCCCACCUCCCCGUCGCCACUCCCUCGACCGCCCAAGUCGGGACGCAACAGGAACUGCACGAGGCAUCGCAGCCGCAAGGGCAACGGUCAGAACGAGGUGUAUAACCAAAAGGAGUUAGCCAACAAGGAAUCGGAAGACAAAUAUGACCGGUCAAAACCGAGACGAAAGAACAAGUGCAACCCACAGACUUCGGUGGGGCCCCCUAGUGGUGUGCUAAGCUCGAACAGCAGGGCGGUGUCCCUCUUGGCACCUUGUUUCAUCAUCCCUCUUUACUUAUUGGCGUGUCUCACUGCCCUUAUUUUCCGCUGAGCCUGUGGAAGCCUCUACAAAUGGUUUUACCGAAAAAAACUCAGCCCUCUGUCUACUCUGGCUCCUACACUUCAGUGUGCGAAUGUGUGUGUGUGUGUGUUCAUGUGUACAUGUGUACGUUGGCGAGCCCCUUUUGAGGGACAGAGGACUUGUGCAAAGUUACAGGCCUGGAAUUAAACCGGAGAUGCGAAGACACUCUGGGGUUUGUGGGCAAGAGACGGGACACUAAAUGGACUACUCCUCGAUCAUCACCAUUUUUACACCAUUUCUUGUUGCUGGCGAUAGAUCAGGGCAUACUCAGUAAAAAAAAAAAAAAAGUACAUUUGUUAACUACAUUCGGUUGUACAUCACACCUCUACAGAAUAAUUAGCAGCUCUUUGUGGUCAAGGUUACCAACAUUAAAACCUCCGAAUCCUUGUCCUGACCUUCGACCUGAACACAGGCUGCAGCCCAGAGGGGGGGAAAGUGUGAGAGAAAUACAUAAACAGACUAUUUUCACAAAUGCACAUGGAACUGCUGCGCUAAUGCAUUAGCAUCUCAGCGGUUUCUGUGGGAGGGUUGUUGUUAACACCUUUAGCACCUGAUAAGAUAAAAAUUAAAGCUAAGCACACAGGAGAGGGAUUGUGUUACUUAUGAGGUUGUUUUUAAUAUAUUUAUAUAUAUAUAUAAGAAAAAUGGUUGCAUGUGCAAUAUUCGCACAGUUCAUUCACACAGGCCCAAUAAAUGCUAACAGUGUUAGCACGCUAAUCCAAAAAAACAAAAAAAAACAAAAGUUGUUGUUUGUUGUCGCAAUGUGAAUUAGCACUCACAUUCUACUGUUCUGAAGCUGCUAUGCUGGCGUUCUUCAAGGUCAGUGAGAGGAAAAAGUAGAGUUUAUGAAGGAUUAUGGGAUGACUCUGGGUUUGUGUGUGUUGUUAUUCGUUGAUUGUGCCCUUAAGAUAGUAUUUUGCAUAAAAACUGGAAGGAAAAAGUUAAGACAUGGAAAGGUCAAGUGGAGCUCAUGCAAAAAGCAUCAUGUGUUAUCUCUUACUCAGUUGCAAUAAUGUGCUAACCUAGAAGGGAAACAACAACACUACAUUAAUAUCUGCAUAUGACACAGUUUGGGAAAAUGAAAUGUCUCACAAAGGGGGAAAUAGAGCUGUGCAGAUUUAUGACGUUGGGGCUAACCUGGAAGACUAAUUCGCCAUAGAUUCCCUCAGGAAGUUCCUAUGGGUUUCUGGAAUAGCAGUUUUUGAUUUACAAAUCAAACAUUUAGACUUUCUUGAUGAUAUACUUUAUAAAUAGCACUAAUAAGGAAAAGAGCAGAUGCUGUGCUACCAUCUAUCACUGUAAAUAAUUAUUUUCAUGAUUUUAACAUUUUUUUCUUUGGUCAAAUCAACUUAAUUGAUGUGGUUCAGAUAACCUAAUAUUUUGAGUUUCUGUUGAUUAAACCAAUCACCUUCAUUG